UGUCAAUACUUUCUGGGGUCGGGGGAGUGAUUUUUAUGACGCCUCUUUACCUCCUGGAUUUCUAAUAGGAUAUAUGAACUAAAGUUAAAAUAUGCUCAUAAAACAUAGACUGAAUUGUUCUUUUGCCUAUUGUUUUUUUUAUAGAUAGGAUUUAAUCAAUAACCUUGGGAAAUCAUUUAAAGAGAUGAAAUUCAUUGUUCUAGUUUCUUUGUGGUGAUGACAAGGUUUUAUUUAAAAGGAUGUUCAAUGAACUGUAUGCGAAUGGAUUUGAAUUUGUUUUUCCAGCUUCACUUCUCUUUUAACAUAUAUUGUAAAGAGCAGAGACACAAGGAUUCUCAUCUAGGUUAUGAGCCAAAGCAAACGAUCAGGUUACACCUGUUUGGCUUACACUACCUUGGAAACCACUGGGCUCCAUUUUCCUGAGUCUAAAGCACUAAUUCCCUGUCAGGCAAAUAAUUUAAUCAACUCAUGAUUUUUUUUUGUAAUCAAAUGAGCAACCAACUGGAUCUCUUCUUAAUCUCCACAUCUCUGUCAUGAGAUUGAAUUCCUGUGCAGUUAACCUACCUCUUAAGUGAAAGGAGAAAAAUCACAGAGUUGCUUCAUUAGAAUUGAAUCUUGCCUUCUUUUGAGCCUAAGCCAUGGGUUGGAUGUUCCUCAAAGACCUCCUAAGUGGAGUGAAUAAACACUCAACCGGGAUUGGGCAGAUUUGGCUGGCUGUUGUGUUCAUCUUCCGAGUGCUGGUCUACAUGGUGGCAGCAGAGCAUGUGUGGAAAGAUGAGCAGAAGGAGUUUGAAUGCAACAUUAGACAGCCUGGUUGUGAAAAUGUGUGUUUUGACUACUUCUUCCCUGUCUCCCAGGUCAGACUUUGGGCCUUACAACUGAUCAUGGUCUCCACACCUUCGCUGCUGGUUGUUCUACAUGUAGCCUAUUGUGAGGGUAGAGAGAAAAAACACAGAAAGAAACUAUAUGUUAGCCUAGGUACAAUGGAUGGGGGCCUGUGGUACACCUACCUUAUCAGCCUCAUUGUUAAAAUUAGUUUUGAAAUUGGUUUUCUGGUUUUAUUUUACAAGCUGUAUGAUGGCUUUAGUGUUCCUUACCUUAUGAAGUGUGAUUUGAAGCCCUGUCCCAACACUGUGGACUGCUUCAUGUCCAAACCCACUGAGAAAACCAUCUUCAUCCUCUUCAUGGUGAUUACCUCAUGCCUGUGUAUUGUGUUGAAUUUCAUUGAAGUGGGCUUUUUGGUUCUCAAGUGCCUUAUGAAGUGCUCUCUCCAAAAGUACUCUAAAAGACUCAAGUUCUCAGUGUGUGAGGGCCCCCACCUUAGAUUGGUUGAAUGUGGUGAGACAGGGGCCCCUCUGCCACUCCAGAAUCGCCCUUCAGCCUCCACCAUUAGCACAGCCCAGCCAAGUGAAACACAGCUUCUUUGCAACAUACAAAAAGGUUAAACAAAAACCCUACACUCCACCUAAACAAGACCUACUAGGCUGGGUUGGAAUACAGAAGGUG